GUUUCCAGUCGCAGCCUGGCCUGCAGCCCAGCUGGCCUGGCCCCGCCUCCGUGGUUCCUCCUUCUAGGGAAGGGCUGGGGAGGAGGGGGUGGUGACACGGUGGAGGCACUGGCUGGGCCAGGGGGCCUGCCCUUGGGACAGGUCCAGACCCAUGGAGCCACCCGGGAGGAGAAGCAGGUCCACAGCGUCUCAUACUCUACACCAGUAUUGCUGUCCUACUCAGGUCCUUGACUCCAUGAAGCUUACCCCCUCAGGCAGGCUGGCAGAGAGCAGUGUGGAGGGUGAUGCCCCAGGCAGUGACCUGAGCACAGCGGUUGAUAGUCCUGGGAGCCAACCCCCCUACCGGCUGAGCCAGCUGCCCCCCACCAGCAGCCACAUGGGGGGCCCCCCAGCUGGGGUGGGCCUUCCCUGGGCCCAGCGGGCACGCCUCCAGCCAGCCAGUGUGGCCCUGAGGAAGCAGGAGGAGGAGGAGAUAAAGCGCUCCAAGGCCCUGUCCGACAGCUAUGAACUCUCCACAGACCUGCAGGACAAGAAGGUGGAAAUGCUGGAGAGGAAGUAUGGGGGCUCCUUCCUGAGCCGCAGGGCUGCCAGGACCAUCCAGACAGCCUUCCGCCAGUACCGCAUGAACAAGAACUUUGAGCGGCUCCGCAGCUCAGCUUCAGAGAGCCGCAUGUCCCGCCGUAUCAUCCUGUCCAACAUGCGGAUGCAGUUCUCCUUUGAGGAGUAUGAGAAGGCACAGAACCCCGCGUACUUCGAGGGCAAGCCUGCCUCGCUGGACGAGGGUGCCAUGGCUGGUGCCCGGAGCCACCGGCUUGAACGGGGGCUCCCAUAUGGAGGCUCCUGUGGUGGGGGCAUCGAUGGUGGCGGAAGCUCCGUCACCACAUCUGGAGAGUUUUCUAAUGACAUCACAGAACUUGAGGACUCCUUCUCCAAACAGGUGAAGUCUCUGGCUGAAUCCAUCGACGAAGCCCUGAACUGCCACCCGUCAGGGCCCAUGUCUGAAGAGCCAGGGUCAGCCCAACUGGAGAAGCGGGAGUCAAAGGAACAGCAAGAGGACAGCUCGGCCACAUCCUUCAGUGACCUUCCCCUCUACCUGGAUGACCCAGUUCCCCCACCAUCCCCUGAGCGACUGCCCACCACAGAGCCCCCACCCCAGGGCCGUCCUGAGUUCUGGGCACCAGCCCCCCUCCCACCAGUUCCUCCACCAGUGCCACCAGGGACCCGGGAAGAUGGUAGCCGUGAGGAAGGCACUCGCAGGGGUCCUGGGUGCUUAGAGUGCCGGGAUUUCCGGCUGCGGGCCGCCCACCUUCCCCUGCUUACCAUUGAGCCUCCUAGUGACAGCUCCGUGGACCUGAGUGACCGCUCAGAUCGCGGCUCUGUCCACCGCCAGCUGGUGUAUGAGGCUGAUGGCUGCAGCCCCCAUGGGACCCUGAAGCACAAGGGGCCACCAGGCAGGGCCCCGAUCCCACACCGCCACUACCCAGCCCCGGAGGGCCCAGCCCCAGCCCCACCAGGGCCCCUGCCACCGGCCCCCAACAGUGGCACCGGGCCCAGUGGUGUGGCUGGGGGUCGGAGGUUGGGGAAGUGCGAGGCAGCAGGCGAGAACUCUGAUGGUGGAGAUAACGAGAGCCUCGACAGCUCCAGCAAUUCCAAUGAGACCAUCAACUGCAGCUCCGGCUCCUCUUCUCGGGACAGCCUGAGGGAGCCUCCAGCCACUGGCCUGUGCAAGCAGACUUACCAGCGGGAGACACGGCACAGCUGGGACUCGCCAGCCUUCAACAAUGACGUGGUACAGAGGCGGCACUACAGAAUCGGCCUCAACCUCUUCAAUAAGAAGCCAGAGAAGGGUAUCCAGUAUCUGAUCGAGCGGGGCUUCCUGUCAGACACACCGGUGGGAGUGGCUCACUUCAUCCUGGAGCGGAAAGGCCUCAGCCGCCAGAUGAUAGGGGAAUUCCUAGGGAACCGGCAGAAGCAGUUCAACAGAGACGUGUUGGACUGUGUGGUGGAUGAGAUGGACUUCUCUUCCAUGGAUUUGGACGAUGCACUCCGGAAGUUCCAAUCCCACAUCCGGGUUCAGGGCGAGGCCCAGAAAGUGGAGCGACUCAUCGAAGCCUUCAGCCAGCGGUACUGCGUCUGUAACCCAGCCCUUGUACGCCAGUUCCGGAACCCAGACACCAUCUUCAUCCUUGCUUUUGCCAUCAUCCUCCUCAAUACUGACAUGUACAGUCCCAGCGUCAAGGCUGAACGAAAGAUGAAACUAGACGACUUCAUCAAGAACUUGAGAGGGGUUGACAAUGGUGAGGACAUCCCCCGAGACCUCCUGGUGGGCAUCUACCAGCGCAUCCAGGGGCGUGAACUAAGGACCAACGAUGACCAUGUGUCCCAGGUGCAGGCUGUGGAGCGCAUGAUUGUUGGCAAGAAACCAGUCCUGUCUCUUCCUCACCGUCGACUGGUUUGCUGCUGCCAACUCUACGAAGUGCCAGAUCCAAACCGCCCCCAAAGGCUGGGGUUGCAUCAGCGGGAGGUCUUCCUCUUCAAUGAUCUCCUUGUGGUCACCAAAAUUUUCCAGAAGAAGAAGAUCUUGGUGACAUACAGCUUCCGCCAGUCCUUUCCCCUCGUGGAAAUGCACAUGCAGCUCUUCCAGAAUUCAUAUUACCAGUUUGGGAUCAAGUUGCUGUCCGCAGUACCUGGUGGGGAGCGAAAGGUCCUCAUCAUCUUCAACGCCCCCAGCCUCCAGGACAGGCUGCGCUUCACGUCCGACCUGCGCGAGUCCAUCGCGGAGGUGCAGGAGAUGGAGAAGUACCGUGUGGAGUCGGAGCUGGAGAAGCAGAAAGGUAUGAUGCGGCCUAACGCCUCACAGCCCGGAGGGGCCAAGGACUCAGUGAACGGGACGCUGGCCCGCAGUAGCCUGGAAGACACUUACGGUGCAGGCGAUGGGCUCAAACGGGGCGCACUCAGCAGUUCCCUGCGAGACCUCUCGGAUGCAGGGGUCUGUUAUUAGCAGUCCACGCCCUCACCAGAGGAUGCCACCUCCGCCCCCACCCCCGCCGCCAGAGGAGUACAAGAGCCAGAGGCCCGUCUCCAACUCCUCAUCCUUCCUGGGCUCCCUAUUUGGAAGCAAGCGGGGCAAGGGGCCCUUCCAGAUGCCACCACCGCCAACAGGCCAGGCCUCUGCCUCCUCUUCAUCUGCUUCCUCCACCCACCACCACCACCACCACCACCACCACGGUCACAGCCACGGUGGCCUGGGGGUGCUGCCUGACGGGCAGUCCAAGCUCCAGGCCCUGCAUGCCCAGUAUUGCCAAGGACCGGGCCCUGCCCCGCCGCCCUACCUCCCACCCCAGCAGCCCCCUCUACCCCCUCCUCCUCAGCAGCCCCCACCCCUGCCCCAGCUGGGCUCCAUUCCACCACCUCCCGCCUCGGCCCCACCUGUGGGGCCACAUCGCCACUUCCAUGCCCAUGGCCCAGUCCCAGGGCCCCAGCACUAUACCUUGGGCCGGCCAGGCAGGGCCCCCAGGCGGGGAGCUGGAGGACACCCUCAGUUUGCCCCACAUGGCCGCCACCCCCCUCCACCAGCCCACGUCCCCAUUGCCCCUGUACAGUCCUGCCCCUCAGCACCCUCCAGCCCACAAACAGGGCCCCAAGCACUUCAUCUUUAGUCACCACCCACAGAUGAUGCCAGCAGCAGGCGCGGCCGGGGGCCCUGGGUCCCGGCCACCAGGGGGCUCCUACUCGCACCCCCACCACCCCCAAUCACCAUUGUCACCACACUCACCCAUCCCACCCCACCCCUCCUACCCACCCCUGCCCCCACCCUCACCUCACACCCCGCACUCACCCCUGCCACCCACCUCUCCCCACGGCCCGCUGCACGCCUCUGGGCCCCCUGGCACAGCCAACCCUCCCAGUGCGAACCCCAAGGCCAAGCCAAGCCGGAUCAGCACCGUGGUCUGAUGAAUGAAGAGAGUGAGCUGGGGAGCAGGACGUUCUGGGGAAUCCACAGGAGAGGGACCUUGCACCCUUUCUGCUUCCUCAGUUUUUUCGGAAAUAUAUAUAACAUAGCAAUGUCCUCCUCCCCACUUCCUCCCUGUCUUGGGGCCCUUCUCUAACCCCCUGCGGUUGCCAUGGGGUUUCCUUCCUGAUUCAAAGACCCUUGCCACUUGAAUCCUGGACUCAGGGCGCUCCAGUGCUGGGGAGUGGUGAGAGCCUUUCAGAGAUCCUUGCUCCCUUUUUCCUGUCUUCCUCUUCACCCGCCCUUUCCCUGGAGGUCUAGCUCUGUGGCCUCAGACCUCCAGGCCAGUGUGAGCUCCCUGUCAGCUCUGGCUGGUGGAGAACGGCAGGCGUCCGGAGCUGUAGGGGUGAAGGCUUCCCUAGGGCUCCUCUGGCCACGUGGGCCUAGGAGAGCGCUCUGUAGAGUUGUGGCCAAACCUCAGCUGGCUCGGCCCUCUCUCUGACCUCAGGGCCUGGCCACACACCUCCAUGUGUCCUUCUGCCUGAUGGAGGACACGGACUGUCAAUGCACUCGGUGGGUGGGACCCCGCUUGCGCUGGCCCCCACGUGGGGCAGUGCUUCCUCUCUCGAGCCAGUCUAUGCCCUCUCUCCGGUAGGCCCCAGCCCAGACCUCUUCGGCUUCAGGAACUUGCCUCGCCCUGCAACGUUCUUAUCCUGAUCAAACUCCAGACAGGUUUUGGGGGGGCUCAGGUCUGGGAUGAGAAGGGCACUGCCCUCCCUCACCCAUAUUGCAUGCCCCCCCAUUCCCUUACACCUACCCCACCUACAACCGAAGACAAUGCACUUUACAGAUACCGCCCACACACACUUCUCUGGGGCAGAGCACCCAGCCUCGGCCCUGGGGAGAGAGGCUCCCAGAGGGCCACCGUGAGCCCAAGAUGUCCUUCCUGAGGCAGAGAUUGAAGCCAUCAGAGCCGGGGCUGGGAGCCAGGAUGCCUGAGUCCUUCUGUCCAUCAAAAUCUCCGCUGCCUCUCCAGCCCUUUUGCAGCCCUGUUUAUUUAUUAUAAAUAUAUUUUUUACAAGCCCCAGCUCCUCUUCUUGCCCUGCAUAUCCAGCUCCUUUCUCAGCUCCUGCCUCCCUCUCCCCUCUCCACCACGGGCUGCAGUACAGACAGACAGACGGACCCUGGCUGUACAAAGGGCCAGGGACCCUGGAGCUUGGGGGCAGGGGAGGGUGGCAGUGGGAGGGGCUGUAUGGAGAGGAGCUGGGGUCCAGGCAUUGUCUUUUUUCCUCCUUGUAUAUAAGAAUGUAUAUUUGAUGCCUCAUAAAAGACCUUGUGCUCAC